AUGCCGCAAAGAUCAAAUAUUCCUGCACGCAACCUCAUCUCACCCCUCACGGAUGCAGGCAGGCAGGCUACUAAGUCUACCUCUACGACCUUCUCGGCUACGGAUAUUCCCAACGACCCUGGAUCCCAUCCAUCGACACAUUCGCCUCAAUGCAAAUGCCAUGAAGAAUGUCUUCUGAAAAGAGAAUCGGGGUUGGGAGUUGUGCGCGUCAUCGUGCUUGAUAUUGGCGGGGCUAUUGUGCAACCGGCUGCAUUUUGCGGCUUCGGGGAUGGUGGUGGUUCUAGGGUUGUUGUGCUGUCGUUGACGCUGGUAGGGGUAGAAAGAUCUCGUAUGACUGGCGAAAUUUCUCUAGUUGUUUGGACGAGAGGCAUUUUGUUAGAUGUUAAGGAUAGGCAUGGGGAUAUUCCCGUUGUGUUGACUAGAGGGGGUUGCGAGAAAAAUACUGAAGGACUUCAUUGGAUUAGAAUUAGCAUAAAAGUAGAACACAUGGUGUCUUUGUCCGGAUGUGGUGAUGGUGGAGAUACCCUGGUCGAUGACUACCACUCGACUACAAUAAGUUGGAACUUGAUUGUUGAAAUGACAAUCAUGCCUCUUAUGGUCGGGACUAGGCUGUACCACUCGGCUAUUUAUGGCAUCCAUCACAGCUACCAGACUUGGGAUCGUAAAAACGGGUCCAACAAUCCCGUGCUAAUUUCAGGGACUGACAAUGGAUGGAUUUCUUUGACAUCUGUGGCGGGCAUGACCCACUGUUAUAAGUAG